AUUUCCGAGCCGCCCUCGAAGGCAGCCCGACCAUCACAGCCUCUGUCAUCCUCCUCUGAAGGUGUCACUUCCAGGCAGCUAAUCACUCGUUUUACUCGCGUUUUAAAACACAUUUCUCUACGACGUAUCGGGUCAUCUGGGGUCAUGAGGACAAUCGGGUUUUUCGUGGUCUUCUUGGCGCUUUUCGUGUCGUGUUUUUGCACAGCCGAGGCGGCCAGGAGCAGAACCAGCAACCAGAACAGCUUCCGACGCGCAGCUAACGGCAUCUACCAGACACUGAGCAGUGUCUUCGGAGAGGACAACAUCAGGGGGUUACAUAAGUUUUUCUCCAAAACAACAGAGCGGUUUGUCCAUGGAGUCGACUCAUUUCUGGACACCAUCUGGAAGAUCUGGUCAGAUCUGCUGGAUGUGAUGGGCAUUGACUCCUCAAACCUCAGCCACUACUUCAGCCCUACAUCACUCACCAACUCUCCAGCACGCGCACUGCUCCUGGUUGCUGCCGUGCUCUUUGCAUACUGGUUCCUGUCCAUGUUCCUGGGGGGUUUCUUCUACCUGCUGCAUGCCGUGUUUGGCCGCUUCUUCUGGCUCGCUCGCGUCACUCUCUUCGCCCUGUCCUGCCUCUACAUUCUGCAGAAGUUCGAGGGCGACCCGGAGCGUGCGGUGCUGCCACUGUGCUUCAUCAUGGCCGUGUACUUCAUGACGGGGCCUGUGGGAGCGUACUGGCGUCGGGGGGGCGGAGCUGGCUCCCUGGAAGAGAAAAUCGACCACUUGGACACUCAGAUCAGGCUGCUCAACAUCAGGCUGACCCGUGUCAUCGAUAGUCUGGAACGCUCCGCAGAGCAGUAGACUUCGGUGACAGUAAGGAAAGGCGGGGGGGAAAUGUUGGAAAGCUUUUUUUCUGGGUAUUUACGACUCUGUUGACAGAUAGGGACAAAACCUGAUUUGGAAUCAGUAUUUUAAAAGGCAUGAGUUUAUGUUGGUUGCAAAAAAAAAAAACAACUCCAAAAAUCCUCAGAAGUGUGAACUCGGGAGCUCACCCUAAUCAUACAAACAUGGUUUUUUUUAUGUUUCUACACCUCGGCUACUUCUGUGAAACUCUGAAGGUUCUUUUUUUCGUGUGUGUGAGGUGUGUUGGGAAAUUGUCAGUGAUUGUGCUAAAUCAAUUAGCUUAUUUUACAUUUGUUCCUUUUUUCAUCUUUGUCAUACACUGGUGCAUCCACAAUUAUUGUUUUUGUGUUUUUUUGUUACACUGAAGUAGGAGAGAGGGUAGAGAGUGUGAUGCAUAGGACUGAUACAAAAAGUAUUUCUGAUGUGUAAAAAUCCUCAAGGUAAUGGAUAUUUACCCACUGUAUGAUUAAUUUAUUCUAUUUCUAUCUAAACUAUUGCCAUUAUGGUCUAGUGUCACACUUCCAUAGUGACAAUAGUUUGACAUCAGGACCUCCUUUUCUUGUGUGUAUGAGCGAACUCAUUUUGUGCAACCUACUCUGUGUGUGUGUGAGAGAAAGCUUGUGAAAUGGGAAAAAGCACUCUAUUAAAAAGUGACCAUCAGAUUGGAAGGAAAUGCAUACAGACAUCAAUAUCUCAGGAACUCAAUCACCACAUAGAUUUUGAAAUGAGAUAGUAAGGAUAUUAAAAUUAUGCCUUGAUCUUUUGAGUCACUUGACAGGUUUUCAGACUCAUCUCUGUGUACCUUAAACACUUAUCGCGCGUUUUUGUUCUUUUGCAUCACGUUGACAUCACAGACUUUUCUUCAAAUCCAGCAUUUGAGUCUUAGUUUCAGUUCUGCACAGAUUUGAACUGUCACUAAUACCAUCUUUAUUAUUUAAUGCACAAGUGCAUAGAUCGUCCAUUAAGUUCCAUGAUGUUGGUUUUAAAUCUCAAUAUUCACGUUUUUAGUCAGGUGUCGUUGGAUUGAAAAAAUAAAAUAUGUUGCAGAACUCUGUCCUGCUUUAGAAACAAGUUACUUCUAAAUUCAUGUUUGACUGAUGGAUUACAAUUUAUACGAUUGGGCUUUGAAACUGAAUUACCAGGACACGUUUUUAAAACUCAUUUCUGCCAUUAAUUACACCACUCGUGUGACUGGGCCAUGAUAGUGUUCUUUUUCCUGCCAUGUUUUGCUAUAUGAUUAGAUGAUCUAUUCAUUUCCUUCCCCCUGCACACUUUAUAUAAAUGUGUAGAAUAUGCACUUUUACAAAUUACUCUUAACGCUGUGCACAUCUGGGAGAAAAAAAGAAGCCGUUUUUAGUGUCUGAGGAAAUUUUAUCAAAUAUUUAAGAUUUAAUAGUUACAUUUAUCAGAGGGUUCUUACAGUUACAUCAUGGGGCCACUUUUUCUACCAACUGAGGCCAAAGAAAAUCUGUAUUUUGUGUUUGAAUAACAUGAAGGGUGAUUACUGUAAUGUGAGGUACAAAACACAUGAUUUCUGUCAGUCAGCCACAACAAAACGGGUAACCGCUGCUUAAACGUGGCAGAACUUUGCCCUGUUUUUAACCAUCUGUAAUGGCAUUUAAAAGCUAUUUAAGUCACUAUUUAAUGCAAAAACACACUGAUUAGCCACGUUCAAACAAGUUAGCAGGUGUGUUGUUGUGGCUGAUUGGUGUAUUGUGGUAUUUAUCAGUGCAUGCGCUCAGUCCAAUGCCUGAUUUUGUAAUCUCACCGGACCCAUUGUCUUGCCUAAAGUUCUAUGGCAGUUAUACAGCUUUCAACCUUGCAUUUUAAAUAUUUAAAUGCAGGCUAUCUUUAUGUUAAUCUGUCCAGCUCACCUCAGUUUAUUCUCAUAAUACAGAGCAGAGCCAGUACAAAAAAAAAACCCGUCCAUUUUGGUCCCCUGCAUUAAACCACCCCAGGUGCUCCAUUCCAGCUCCAAAGUCAUCCGGGAUUUUCUUGCAUGCUAUGUUUUUAUGUUAUGUCACAUGAUAUAAAUGUUUGGUGACUGCCUUUGUAGAGAGUCCUUUUAAAAUUGUGAUGUAUUGUGAUGAAGUAGCCAGAUGUUUAAAUACAUUAGGGAUUUUUAUUCUACCGUUGCAGUUAAAACAAGAGUUGUGCCGUUUAUGUCGAGAUCUCUCAACAGGUCGACAAUAUUUAAAAUGUGUAGAUCGACUUGACUACGUUGACAUGGUGAAGCUGACUUGAGAAAUGGACGUGCAGCGCGUGAUCAACAGUCCGUAGCCAAUAACCUGUUUGCAUUUGAGUUAUGAAGGUGUUAAAGGGUGAAGUUUAUCAUGGGUGUUGCUGAAGGAAGUUCAGUGCACUAAAUUAGUCAGAUGAGCUGAACAGGGUCAAGCUACUCAGACUGAACUGUGUGAAAUUCCAAACACAAACGUGACACUAAACAUCAGAAUGUCAAGAUCUGGAGAGGUAUUUAUUAAAUCUUGCAUUUUUUAAAUUUUUUUUAAAGAAACCUAAAACUGUAAUGGGGGGAAUACUGGCAACAUUUUCCUUGCACUGUUUUACUUGUUUGUAACACCUCAGUGCUUCACUCCAACAGAGGGAGACGAAUAUCAUAGAAGACACCCUGUUGUUGUCACUACUCAUGUACGACCACCUGUUGUUUACCGCUCAGACGCUGAAAGAUGCCUUUAGCUGUCUAUGUUUGUUUCUUCCAGCACUGAACAGAUUAUUUAUUUCUUCUAAAUGAACGACUUCAUUCCACUCAUUUGUUCUCCCGUGUCUUGUUUAUUUCUAUUAUUCCAUGUAGCCUGCUUUUUUAUAAACGGUCGUGCCAAUGAUGUACAUUUUUAAUUAAUUUAAGGUGAAAUUUGAGUAGGUUUGUUUGUUUUUUACUUGAAUAUUCCUGUAUUCAUUGAUGUGGCCACCGCCAAACUGUUCUGCCUGCUGAUGUGUACUUUGUGUGUGAGUCUUGAUGAAAUCCCAGUGAUGGGUAUUUGGCUCUUUUUUUGUGGCAGAGUGAAAAUGAGGUCCAGAUUUGAAUAAAUUAAAUACCACAGUA